AUGGAAGUGGUGUUCCCCGGAGUUCUCCACAACCGUUUCUGCGAGGAUGCGGCAUCUACCUUGCUGUGUCUGGUGAUGGCGCUUGCUGAAGUAGCCGUUGCAGACGUAUCAGGCAGAGGGUUUCCGGCUUUUCAAGGCCACCAAGAUGGCGAGCCAAGCAAUACUGCAGAGUAUAUCGAAUACCGCCCACCGGGCAUCGAGUUUUUCAACGAGGCGAGGCGGCGCCUAGGCUUUUGUGUCGGCGAGUGCAGUUUGGAGAACGUACAAAUGUUCAUUCUGACGGGAUUAUAUUACGAGUCUUGUUCCCGACAUAUGGAGUUCUGGAAUAUGAUCAUAUCAGCGUCCCUUUCGUGCCACGCACUGAUUGUCAGUAACUCGGCCGAAAUGUAUGCUGCCCACGGUGAUCAGAUCUGUCGGGCGUUUUGGUAUUGCUCCAUUGUGGAAACAGGUAUCCAACAGGACUUAGAGCUGCCCUUGACAGGCCUCGACAAGCUUCAGUCGCGCAUUCAGUUGCCCCAGUUUCCUGACUAUGUCACCACGACCGACGAACUUCUUCGUGUGCAGAUGUACAACGACAGGAUGUCCCAUUACGGCGAGAUAUUUGUUUAUGAGGUUUCUCUCCGGAACCUUGCUGUCAAAAUUCGCAACGGUCUAAUACAAGUUGCCGAAGCACCCAUGGCAAUCCUGGGUCAGACGAUGCCUGGAUCAGACGAUCUUUUACGAGCCACAGUUGAUAAAUUGGGGAGGGAGCUCGAACAGUGGCAUGGUUCUUUGCCGGAUCACUUGAACUGGGACAGGAACCUUCCCUCCGCUAUGUACUCGGCUCCUGAUCUUCAACCCUCCAGCCCAUCGUUUUACGCCCAUAGCAUGUAUGCGGCCGAUGCCAUGGAUGCGUUACAUUCGGCUCCGCUGAACAAUUUCAUCGGGCCCGACAUCACUAACCCCAAUGCGAACAUCGGCUUUCCGAACUCGGACGGCGUUCUGCUUGCGAUCAUGCGCUCAAAAUAUUACCACGUCGAAUCCAUGCUCUACGGGCCUUUCGCUUACAAAGUCCUUCACGAACAUCCGGACAACCUAACCGAAACAGACCUUUCGGCAACGACGAGGUUCCUCCAUGCCUGCGUUCUCUGGCCUAUAAUGGUUCCGCCAACCUCUCAGCAUAAACGCAUGAUCCCCUGCCUCUAUUCCUGGUCGCAGAAUAUCCUAGGCGCACUCAUCAUUCUGCACCUGUCUCUCAUAAACCCCACGCUCUCCAAGAUCAGACAAAGCCAUUGCCGCCAGGGGUUCGAACAAGAAGCCGAGUUGACAAUCGAGUGGGGGACCGCAUGGAUUCGAGAUCUGAAAGACGUUGAUAGAACUGCACAGCGCUGUUGGAUGAUCCUCAAAGGCUUGUAUCGGCUCGAUGACUAA